AUGCGGAUUUAUAAAAAAGGCUUGAUGUGCGUGAAUCGAAAGUGUUCCCAGCUCGGGAAAAUUGAUGGAGCUGAAGUCGACGACCCAAAGGCUUUAGAGUAUGAUGACAAUUUUCUGUCCUAUCGGCUCCAAUGGGACUUGUCUGAAUUCCUACAGAGGGCUGAAUUUCCUCUCAUACCGCCGGUUCCAAAUAUCACUCCUGAGAAUCAGAGACAGCUACAGUACGGAAAGGAUGCCACUAAAGGCAUGGUAUGCCCAUUGUGCUCCAAAUGUGUUCCUCGUGUGUAUUUUCUGGGCUGGAAGUGUGACGUUGACCUUAUAGUUGGUCCAAAUGUCCCUGACAAUGAAAAGGGGUGUCCCUGGGAGCUCAUGUUCAAGCCCAGUCCCAUCGAGUUUGGAUCGCGCCCAAAGGAGGAAGUGGAAACCUUUCAUAGAGGCCGUAAAUUUUCUGUAAGGUGGCAGCUACCUGCUGACGAAGACAAAACCAAUCUUUUGCCUGAACACAAAUAUGUAUCUGAACAACCCUGUGGUGGCACAGUCACUCACUUUGCGUCCAAUGCGGUUAUUAAUACAAGAGAUCACGGACCAGACUAUUUGUUUCACAGCCUCCAGGCUUCUGAUCUUGGUCUUCGAAGGCAUCGUCUGUCUAUCACCAACUGGAUGGGAGCUAUGACGAAUAGCUUUAUUCGAAACUUUGGAGCACCGUUUAAGUUCUGUGUUCCUACUAUCUCAACAUCGUUUCACGAGGCACACCCGGAUAUUUUACAUGCUUAUGGGCGUCUCGACUGGGCUUUUCGUCAAGUCAGUGAAUCCUCCGAAGUACCGUAUAAACGACCAAAUGAGAUAUUAGUCAUGGGAUAUCUGGAAAAUCAAGAAUUGAGUCUUAAGUAUCAUGAUGACGGCUGUGGAAAUUUAGGACCAACUAUUGUCACCCUUUCUUUGGAUACCAAAGCUCAUGUGUACUUCCAUAUGAAACCAACAUACUACUACGGUGUCAGCAAAAGGGGUGUACCACUUUCCGCCGAUCCUGUAUUGGAAGGUUGUGAUAAGUAUGCAAUUCGAAAGGAGUUAAAAGAAAAGUAUUUGGCCGGUCAAAUAGACGAAGACUUCUACGAUAAGGAGCGAUGUAGAGUUUUGAAAUGGAAAACAAAGAAGGCCCAAAUAUAUAUCAAGAAUGGAUCUUCAUCAUGGUCAAGUGGCGGUCAUGAAUGGAACUAA